AUGGAGUUGCAUCAGCAACAUAAUGAAAGACACAAUAUCACUGCUGAUUGUUGCUAUCAAUGGUCAAACCCUCAUACACAUCAUCAUCAUCAUCAUCAUCAUCAUCAACUGCAUCAUCACCAUCAACCACAGCAGCUGGUCCAGCCUUCACCAAUGCAACAAAUAGAAGCUACUAAAAUUAUAGCAUGCUUGGAAACCGCCGGAAGAGCUAAACGUUCACGAUCACCGAAAACUUCUCAAAUUACUGCUGAAAUAUCUUCAACACCUUCAUAUACGGAACCGUGCAAUGAUAACAAUAAUAAUCAUCGGACCAGCAAUGAUUCAUUGGGAUCAUCGUCUUCUCCGGAGAACAAUAAUUCCAAAAGACCUCUUCAUCAUGCUCUUAUCGGUGUUGGCGCAGCACUUGAAGCACGACCUCUUUGGGAAGAAUUUCAUCAAUUAGGCACUGAAAUGAUUGUAACAAAAGCCGGAAGAAGAAUGUUUCCUACUUUUCAGUGUCGACUUUUUGGGCUAGAACCCAACACUGAUUACCUCUUAGUAAUGGAUUUUGUGCCUUGUGAUGAUAAGAGGUAUAGAUACGCUUUUCACAGUAGUGCAUGGGUAGUUGCCGGUCGCGCAGAUCCAAUUUCGCCCCCAAGGAUUCAUGUUCAUCCUGAUAGUCCUGCUAAUGGAUCACAUUGGAUGAAACAACCAAUAACCUUUGAUAAAUUGAAACUUACUAAUAACCAACUCGACGAUAACGGCCAUAUUAUAUUAAAUUCAAUGCACAGAUAUCAACCAAGGUGUCAUGUAGUUGUUGCACCUUCACCACCAGGUUCAGGUCCAGAUCCUCGAACAGAAAACUUUAAAAGUUUUUGUUUUCCUGAAACGCGUUUCACCGCUGUGACGGCAUACCAAAACCAUCGUAUUACGCAGCUGAAAAUAGCUAGUAAUCCGUUUGCAAAAGGAUUUCGAGAUUGUGAAUCUGAUGAAUGUGAACCCCCGAAUUCUACAAUACACAAUCCUGCUAAAAGACCAGCUACCGCUAACGUAACUAUUUCGCCGACCAAUUUUUCAUCGCUUAUUCCAGUGGUGCCUAUAACAGCUAGCAUGACAAGCCCAGAACAUCAUCAUCAAUUCUAUACGAGUCCUGCUUCACAUUGGACUUAUCAAGGACAUCAUCAAACUAGUCACAGUACUGGGCAUUAUGUUUCUCAUCAUUCAUCUGGAUCUUCACUUUAUGGUCCACGAUAG